AUGAAUUACCAAUAUGAUGAAGAUGACAACGAAGAAAAUUUUCAACAAGAUAUAAAUAAAAAAAAAAAGAGAAAGUUUACUAAAGAAGAUUCAAUUUAUGGUGUAUUUAAUGAUGGUUGGGGUGAUUAUGAAGACGAUGAAGAUAAUUUAAAUGAAGAGGAAUACUAUAAAAUGAAAAAGAGAUAUCAAACCCCCGUUGGUUUUGUAGCAAGUGGUAUUUAUGAACCAAACAGUUCAAAGAAUAAAAAGGAAGACAACAGCAAUGACGAUGAAACCGAUAAUAAUAAUAAUGAAAAGAAAGAAAAAAAGAUAAAGAAAGAAAAGAAACAAUCAAAGAAACAAACAAAGAAAAAAUUUAAUAAAGAGGAAGAGGAUGAAAGUUUAGAAAAUAAAAAAGUUGGUGGUAUUGGUGCAAUGUUAUUAUCGAAAAUGGGUUAUAGUGGCAGUGGCGGUCUUGGUAAGGGUGGCACUGGUAUGGUAGAGCCAAUCAAAGUUUUCGUUAGACCAAAGAAUGCAGGUUUGUCAUCUGUAGCAGAAAUAAACAACGACAAAGUAAACCAAACUAGCAGUGAGGACGAAGAUAGUAGUGAUGACGAUGACAAUAGCGAUGACGAAAACAAAAGAUCAUUAGGUUGGAAGAAAAAAGAAAAACUCAAAUACGAUUUCGAUGAACACUUAUCAUACAAACCACAAAAGCAGCAAAAAGAAGAACCCAAAGAAAAACAAAUUAUCAUUGAUAUGAGUGGUCCAGAAACGAAAUUAAUUAAUAAUUUUAAAGAAUUAAAUAAACAACAAAAAAACCAACAACAGCAAAAUCAAAACAUCAAACCUUUAUCAGAAUUCAAAUUUAAUGUAGAACUCUUAUUGAAAUUUAAGGAGUUGGAAAUUGACAAUACAAACUCAAAGAUCAAAUUUGAAAGAGAAAGAAUUGAAAAUCUAAAGAGAGGUCAAGAAAAAUUAAAUGGGUCCAUUGAAAAUGAUAAUAAAAAAAUCAACUCUAUAAAUGAAAUUAUAAAGCUAAUUGAAGAACAAAAACAAAGCCACCAACAGCAAAAAAAUCAAACAUACUCUAUAGAAUCUUUAAGAGAAGUUUUAAAGUUUUUUGAAAUCUUAAAAUUCAAGUUUAAUAAUGAAUAUCAGCAAUUUCAAUUAUAUAAAUUAGAAAAGGAACUAAUCGAACCGCCAUUAAAGAGUUUAGUAUCAAAUUGGAAUAUAGAAAGUGAUCCAAUAUAUUUAUUAAAACAAGUUAAAAAACUAUCAACAAUAUUUAUAAAUCAAGAAAAUAAUAAUAAUGGAUACAUUAAUAAUAAUGAUAUUCAAAAUUUAAAUAAUUACUAUUUUUUGUUAAUUAUCAGAAAUAUAUUUUUACCAAAGUUUAAACAAUUUUUUAGAAAUCAAUGGAAUGUAAAGAACCCAAUCAUUGCAGCAACAUUAAUUUCAAAAUGGUCAAAUGUUUUACCAGAAGUAUGCCAAGAGAUAUUAUUGGAGCAAUCGAUCUUACCAAAACUAAAAGUCGAAAUUGAAAAGUGGGACCCCCUAACCGACCCAAUUCCAAUACAUCAUUGGCUCUUACCAUGGAUACCUUUCCUCAAAGAAGAAUUAAAAGUAUUUUUCCCAUCUAUUAGACAAAAAAUUAUUAGCGGCCUUGUUGACUGGGAUCCAUCUGAUGAAUCAGCCUAUGAAAUUUUAGUACCAUGGAGGGAUGUUUUCGAAUCAAAUACUAUUCAAUCCAUUCUAAAUAGAUUUAUUAUACCAAAAUUAAAAAAUUCAAUUUCAACCAUUCAAUUUUUAAAACAUCCUCAAGACAACGCAAAUACUGAAAUCGAUAAUUUAAUUAAAUGGAAAGAGUUUAUGGGUUUAGAUACUAUAAUUUCAAUUGUCGACAAGGAGUUUUUCAAUAAUUGGGUUCAAUUUAUUUUUAAUUGGUUAAAUGAAUCGAAUCCAAACUUUGAAGAAAUAUCAAAUUGGUACAGUUUUUGGAAGACUAAAAUACCUGAUGAAAUUAAACAAAUAGAUACAAUUAAAUCAAAAUUAUCAAUUGCAAUCAACCUCAUGAAGAAAUCAAUGAAAAAUGAAAUUAUAAAUAUAAACGACUAUAAUAUAAUUUUAAAUAACCAUUACAAUCCAAAUAAUAAUAAUAACAAUAAUAAUAAUAUAAACAAUAAUACAAAUAACAAUACAAAUGAUACAAACAUUAGUAAUAUUUCACACAGUAAUGAUUUAAAUAAUUUAUCAAUGAAACAAAUGAUAGAAAAGAUUGCAAUUAAUAAUGGUUUAUUAUUUUUACCAUCACAAAAGAAAAAUGAUAAAGGUCAACAAAUUUAUACUUUUGACAAGUAUUCAAUUAUAAUCGAAAAAGAUUUAAUUUUAUUGAACAAUAAUGGCAAAUGGGAACCUGCAAAUAUCCAACUCCUCCUAAAUAAUUGUAUCGAAAAUAAAAAAUAA